AUGUCACAUAUUAACAAAUAACCUGGAAUAUAUUAUUUAGUUACUUGUUUUUAAAAUGAAUCCUAAGGGGGAGCUAAAAACUUGUACUGUUACACAAAUAGAAAUAUAUUAGAAAUAACUUGGGCUUGGAUUAUCCUGAUUUCAGGAUUAAUUGUUUUAUUCAAAAGAUAUUAAAAACAUAAGGAUAUCACUCGAUUCAAUCGUAAAUAGAUUAUAGUUACAAUCAUGGUUAUAAAUAUGUGUGCAUAUUUAUCAUAUCAAUGGUCAUAUGAAAGUGCCUUACUAUAUUUUCCAGAGUAUUACUUCUAAUACAUCUUUUAUUGUUAUACCAUCUAUUACUUCGGUAGAAAAUCAAUUAUUUUGGGAAUGCUGAAUAUGAGAAUGGAUGUUUCAUCUUAGGAUAUUGAUCCUAUUAUUUAACUAAAAUUGUCCAAAUUGUUUUGCAUAGGAUUAUGUUCCUUUUUUACAAUAAUCUUCAUAAUGAAUUAUGUUUAAUACUUUUUUAUUGUUAGUGACAAUAAUGAAUACGAUUUAUGUUCAGCCAGCUUUUUCAAUGUAGUUACAACAGUUGGAUUCUUUAUGCAAGGUCUUUUCAUUUUGUAAGUUAAAUAAUUGUCAAGAUAAGUCAAUAAAAAUUUGAGAGCCUAAAAAUUUGAUGAUCCGAUGAUGAAAUUGAAGGAGUAGAUUCAAAAGAAUUAAUCAUCCUUAUGGAUUCUAGUGAUCUUCUGUUUUUUUGGUUCAUUUGCCAAUUUCAUGUAGAAUGUCUAUUUUGUCUCUAAGAAUGCUAAGUACAAAGAUAAUGUAGGUUAUUUCACCUGUUGGUAUGUCAAUUUAAGUAACGCGAUUUGGAAUAAUUGUCUAAAUGCAUUAAUAGGAACGACAAUAAAGUUUUUUGAUUUCUUUUUACCUUAUUUUUUGGCUAUAAAAACUUUUUGGUAUAAUUCAAAUGAAUAGCAAUUGUUUAAUACAUCUAAUUCUGAUUAAAAUGAAGUCGAAGUCUACGAAUUGUAACUGUCCAAUAAUAAAUCCUAAUAAACACCCACAUAACAUAUUUAAGAAGAUUAAUGA